AUGAUGGUGCGAGAUAUGAACUAUCGAAGGGAGAAUCGUGCCUCAAGAUCGUCUCUCUUCGACGGCCUUGACGGGCUUGAGGAAGGUCGCCUGAGAGCUUCCUCUUCGUAUCCUCAUGAUACCAGCGAACGCGACAAUGAUGAAGCAUUGGAAAAUCUGCAGGACAGAGUUUCAUUUCUCAAGAGAGUGACCGGAGACAUACAUGAAGAAGUUGAGAAUCAUAACCGCUUGCUUGACAAAGUGGGGAACAAAAUGGACUCAGCAAGGGGAAUAAUGUCAGGAACAAUCAACCGUUUCAAGUUGGUCUUCGAGAAGAAAUCUAAUCGAAGAAGCUGCAAACUCAUUGCGUAUUUCGUGCUCUUGUUCUUGAUCAUGUAUUACCUAAUUAGGCUAUUAACAUACAUCAGAGGGUGA